CAUAUAUGAUAGCUGCACCAGCUGUUCUUUCCAUGUUGAGUGCAUCUAAUAAUAACGAAGACAAAUAUUUUUUUAAGGAUCAGCGCCACCUAAAGAAGUGGUCCGUUAAGAGCUUUUUUGCAGCUAUAUAUAAAUAUACUAAAUCUAAAUUCAACAAAGCUUUUCAUAAAGAUAAAAAAUAUUAUUUAAACAGUCGCAAUAACAACGCGAUUUUUAUCGUGUUUUAAUAUAUCUUUUUCUUGGUUUGUUUCAAGUAAAGAGGCCACAACCUUAUUAAUAUUUUGACCAAUAAAAUUUCUAUGUGCGGUUUGUCCUUGUUUGUGAGCGCGUUAACUUCUUAAAAACACUUCGCUUUCUGUAUGAAAAACUUAAUUUUGAUCAUUCAUUAAUUAAUAUUGUUUAAAAAUUACUCGUUGUUUACGUGACGCUAAUAGAUUAAAUUAACAAAAUAGUUUUCUAUACACUUGCAAGGAUUUACGAAACUGCAUCAAAGAAGUAGCUAAUAUUUAAAAAAGUUGUAUAUAUGGUAUGAAUACGGCGGUGUUGUGAAAAUUUUAUGUUAUUAAAUCUACUGGAAAGGAUUUAAAGGAGAUUUAAGUUAAGUGCUCGAGGAGUUUAAAAAAAACAAGAGGAAAGACGUUUCAGUUUUCUGGCUAACUUAAGAUGCAUCCAGGACGCUUUCUUGUGUUCAUCUGUUUCCUGGCAACAUCAUUGGCUAUUAAGGAUGUGCCAUUCAAAUAUUUUAAUUCCACUGCUAUGAGAAGUCAUUUAACAAGUCUCACGGUUUUCAUCAAACAUUUUGGUAGCGCGGGGAAAUUCUUAGAGCCCCCAGGGCUUCUUGUUAUUAUUAAUUUGUUAUGAUUUUCCAACCUUUAUUUUCAGCGCCUGCUGAAUUGGUAACAUUUUUCACGUAUGUUUCUUGCACGAAGUUUUUGCUUCGGAAAGUUUUAUGUUCUAUGAAAAAUGCUCAUGAUGCUUAAUCCUGAUCAGAAUCGGUAUUUCAAUGUGACGUCAUGAAGAAGAGGGCGGUUUUUUUUGCUUUUCCCAGUAGUUAUUAAAGAAAAGAGAUAAAAAGAUUUUUUGUCGAAAAAAUUAGGUCACAUAUAUGAUAGCUGCACCAGCUGUUCUUUCCAUGUUGAGUGCAUCUAAUAAUAACGAAGACAAAUAUUUUUUUAAGGAUCAGCGCCACCUAAAGAAGUGGUCCGUUAAGAGCUUUUUUGCAGCUAUAUAUAAAUAUACUAAAUCUAAAUUCAACAAAGCUUUUCAUAAAGAUAAAAAAUAUUAUUUAAACAGUCGCAAUAACAACGCGAUUUUUAUCGUGUUUUAAUAUAUCUUUUUCUUGGUUUGUUUCAAGUAAAGAGGCCACAACCUUAUUAAUAUUUUGACCAAUAAAAUUUCUAUGUGCGGUUUGUCCUUGUUUGUGAGCGCGUUAACUUCUUAAAAACACUUCGCUUUCUGUAUGAAAAACUUAAUUUUGAUCAUUCAUUAAUUAAUAUUGUUUAAAAAUUACUCGUUGUUUACGUGACGCUAAUAGAUUAAAUUAACAAAAUAGUUUUCUAUACACUUGCAAGGAUUUACGAAACUGCAUCAAAGAAGUAGCUAAUAUUUAAAAAAGUUGUAUAUAUGGUAUGAAUACGGCGGUGUUGUGAAAAUUUUAUGUUAUUAAAUCUACUGGAAAGGAUUUAAAGGAGAUUUAAGUUAAGUGCUCGAGGAGUUUAAAAAAAACAAGAGGAAAGACGUUUCAGUUUUCUGGCUAACUUAAGAUGCAUCCAGGACGCUUUCUUGUGUUCAUCUGUUUCCUGGCAACAUCAUUGGCUAUUAAGGAUGUGCCAUUCAAAUAUUUUAAUUCCACUGCUAUGAGAAGUCAUUUAACAAGUCUCACGCAGAAGUACUCUUCCAUUUCCCGGCUAUACAGUAUCGGGAAAAGCGUUUCAAACCAAGAUUUGUUAGUUGUUGAGAUUUCAGACAAUCCAGGAGUCCAUGAGGAAUUGGAACCUGAAUUUAAAUAUGUUGGCAACAUUCAUGGUGAUGAAACCAUAGGACGACAAGUGCUGUUACAUCUAGUUGAAUAUCUUUUAACUUCUUAUGGCAAGAACAAGACGAUCACAAAUCUUAUUGAUACAACUCGUAUACAUAUCCUUUGUUCAAUGAACCCAGAUGGCUUUGACGCAGCAUUGAAAUAUGGAGGGAUAGGUCGGACUAAUCUUAACAACAUUGAUCUGAAUCGGAAUUUUCGCGAUCCCUUUAAACCGCGAAUCAUACCAGUUCAAAAAGAAACCAGAGCCGUUAUGAAUUGGUUGGAACAAUAUCCAUUUGUUUUGUCAGCAAAUUUACAUGGCGGAGCGGUUGUGGCAAAUUAUCCCUAUGAUAACGCGCCAAUGUCCGAUACACGAGACGGAAAACCUGUUAAUUCUUUGUCACCCGAUGAUGACGUGUACAGACAUGUGUCACUGGUUUACGCUAAUUCCCAUAGCACAAUGCAUUCUGGGAGAGCGUGUAUGAACGAUUAUUUUCCACAGGGAAUAACAAACGGUGCUGAAUGGUAUAUCAUUAUUGGGGGUAUGCAAGAUUACAACUAUAGGUAUACAAACUGCUUUGAAAUUACUUUGGAAUUAAGCUGUUUUAAGUUUCCUAAUGAACAUGCGCUACAAUCGUAUUGGAAUCAAAACAAAGAUGCUCUCAUUAACUACAUGCAGCAAGUUCAUAUUGGAAUCAAAGGUGUAAUCAAAGAUGAGGCAAACGAUACAGGAAUCCCAAAUGCAGUGGUCGAAAUAACCGGACGAGAGAAGAACAUCAAGGCUUGGUCAACAGGAGAAUAUUGGAGGUUGUUGUUACCUGGAAUUUACAACAUGAGAGUAUCAGCACCAGGAUACAUUACAAAAAGUAAAAUUGUAAAAGUGCAUCGAGGACUGAACGCUCAAAUAAUUAACUUCUCCUUGGAAAAAGGUUACAAUGAUCCAGCAGCUGUUGCUUCAAGAAGUUCAGCCACAAAUACAACGUUACCUUCUUUCUUAUUGGUUCUCUUACUCGUGCUGAAAUUUCAUCUGUAGGUUACGAACGUAUGAAUUGAAAACAGAAUGUUUAUAAAUAUAAAUAUAUAUACGAUGUGUGACGUAAAACAAAAAUUUCUUUCGCAUUGGAGUUUAAGUCUCUUAAAAGGGACUAAUUUUAUAGACCUUGUUCCCUGUAGCUAAUGUCUUUUUCGACUAGCAAAAGCCCACGAUUAGCAGUGUCAAUAGCAAUACCAGAUUCUGGUAAAGGGUAAAAAUUCUCUGAUCUAUGUUUUUAAGGAGCUGGACGAUAAAAAGAACAGGAAGCUAGAUUUAUAUGUUGUGUUAUAGGUAUCACGUGGUUUAUUUGCCAAUAUUUUAUACGAAAUGUUUUGUGCCUUUUUUAUCCUUGAAAGUAGAAAUAUAAUGUAGCAAAAAGUUAUGUAUCUAAUAAAGCGGAGUCAAUCUUUGUA